AUGUAUGACUUGGUUCGAAUACCGUUGCCUCUUCUAAAGAGUAGUGUAGGAGCAGUUCGGAAGGUGUCUCCGAAUUGGUCACAGGACACAAUGACAUGUCAUUCGUCCAACUGUUUUGUUUGGGGUAAGGGAAACGUACCCCUUCUAAAUCCUGACAAGACCAAGGUCUCCGUGUCUGACAUGUUCAAGGUAGCUUGUGGAGUUUCCACAAGCAGCGUUGCCGAGGGAUUAUUCAAACCGACGUCCUAUUGUUUACAUUUUUAGUUGCGCACUUGGUGGCACCGAAGACACGCCUAAAUAGCGGACAAUUGCAUCUACUUCCGUUUUGCGUCAGUUAUGUAAUACCUGACAAAUCGGUUUAAUGCCUAGAAGAAGUUGAUUUGUCCGUAUUCACGUCGUAAGUUUCCCUUGAAACUACUACAGUGUAGGCGGAAUAUUCGCCAUUGUCCAAUUUAUUAUGUUAAGGAUCGAUUUUAGGCAAAAUAUAGAAGCAUUUGAACUGAACCGAGAAGAUAAAAAUAAUCCAUAUAAGGCAGGAUGUUUGUUAAGCGAGUUUUUAGCUUCCAACCAAACUCCCACUCCCCGAUCCCAUAGUAACGAGUUUCGAUUGUCGGAUUCAUAAAAAGUGUAAAUGCUUUUUUUGUUUGUUUGUUUCAGGGCCUUGACUUGCGCGUUGAGCAUUUUCACUGCUUUAGCGAUCAUGGAGAAGGGGGUCACUACCAUUAUGAUGUUACACCUGAUGAGGUGCAAUACAGUGGCUUCUUCAACCUCGCCGAGAAGAUUUAUCGAAUUGAUCGACCGCUGGUUACACAUAGUGUUGGAAGAGACUGA